GCUAACGAGUCUUCGCGUCACUGCCGCGUCACCGCUGCGUUACGACCACGUCAAAAUAGCCACACUCGACUUUGUUCCGAGAGCUUACCGUGGCCUACCGACGUCUCAAUGUGUUCCGCAGUACCAUCCCAAUAUUAAUACAGAGACUUUUGAAUAUUUCCUGAUUCCUUCGCCCCCAAUUUAAAACUUCAUUUUGGGCCUUGGCAAAAUGUCAGUCACGUGGUUUCUCACUGGUGCAUCCCGUGGAAUUGGCCUUGAACUUACCAGGCAGCUCCUAGAGUCAUCUUCUAACACUGUGUUUGCCACCUGUCGUUCUCCUGCCACAGCCUUUGCCCUCGAUGCUCUCAAAUCCAGUUCCGGGAUACUCCACGUCGUCCAAAUCGAUGUAAUGGACGAAGUCAGUAUCAAGGCUGGGUGUUCAAGAGUUCUAGAGCUUCUCAAUGGCACUGGACUGGACUACGUCAUUAAUAACGCUGCGAUCAGCCCCGUCACAGACUUGCCAUCUAGCUUCGAUCCAGCUGUGUUUGCAGAGACGAUCAAGUGCAAUGUCACAGGUCCAGCACUGGUUACACGCUUCCUUCUCCCAGCCAUCGAGAACAGCAGCCGCAAAGUCAUUGUCAACAUCAGCUCCUCUCUUGCCAGUAUUAGCAAAGAUCUCGGGCCCAAAUUAACCGGCUACAGCAUCAGCAAGGCGGGGCUUAACAUGCUUACGUACAAACAAAUGCGUGAGCGUCCCGACUUCAUCCCCAUCCUCAUGGACCCCGGUUGGGUAAAGACAGACUUGGGCGGCGAGCGUGCGAAGAUUGAGACUCAUGUCUCUGUGACGGGCAUUCUGAAUGUCGUGACACAACUUACGUUGGCUGACGCGGGCAAGUUUUACAACUAUUUGGGGAAGCAGAUUCCGUGGUAGGGUGACGUUUGCGAAGCUGUAUAGCUAUCAAUACAAAUCCCAUUCCUGUGAGCGGCGGUGCACGAAGUAUGAGCUCCUAGAUUUUGCGCCUUGCGCAUCCGCAUUCGUCGUAGGCUUCGUACCAAAGGCUCUGAUUCGAAUCCCUAGCUUCGUCGAUCGUGACUUAUAUCCGAUAAUGCGCCGAAACCGAAUCGAAGAAGUUCUGAGAGGGCGUAGCACGUCUGGUAUCACCGCCCUCCGGAUGUUGGUCAAUCUAAUUGCGACGUAAGCAUCCGCACCAAACCCGCACGUUAUUCACCUUAGCCAUCUAAUCGAACCUGCUGUUCACAUUGCCCACCUCACCGAUCACACGUGCUAAUGGUUCUUCUCCCACAGAGCCUUGACUCAUCAAGACCUUCAUAUCUCCCGACAUACGACAGGGUGACCCAGAGCUAGAUGAUGAUGUAUGCUCGAUAACUCU